CCGUUUGCUCUCACCUACACAAGCCGACACACAUUCAUUCUUCAUCGCACGAAGAUUCUCACGAAUGAAACAAACGCCCGAUUGCUUCUGCUCGGGCCAAACAGCAUAAUAAAAUGCCGACUGAUGAAAUCCGCACCGACAACUAGUACAUCGACCAGUCAACCGCGCUGCCCGUGUUAGUGAUGAUGCUGUAAUCCUUUAAUAACAUUAUUGGUUCAGGGCAAACUUACAUUCUUACUGUCGCAAAUAAUGAGAGUGCUGCAGUGUAAAACAGACUAUGUAUGUAAAACUGUGUGGACUAUGUACCUUUACCCAGUUUGCCUAAUGACAGGCGCAUAGCUUUGGCAUAUAAGGCGCUCGUCGCACUUCGAAAUUAAUAAAAGCGGUUUCGUGUCAUUUCUGCUAUCAACUCCCUCUUAAAAGACGUUAUCCUGGCCUCAAACAGAAUUAAGUAUAUGACAGCUAUAAAAGGGCAACUUAUUUCUGUGCUGCGUCACUGAGUUGGUCGUUAACGUUUAUGAACAAAGUUGAUUACUCCGGCUGAACAAAGCCAUUGCGGCCAUAAUAUCGUACAUUACGAAGUUAUUAUCUACGCACACCCUCACCCUCGAUGAAGUGUUUUUGCUUUCUAAUGUGAUUGUCAUAUGUACGGAUUUUCUGUGCGCUUCGGCCCUCGCCCAUAUGCCUUAACGGUGCAACAAAUGAAAGCCACGAACGAAAACAACUAGAAUAUUCCAUGCGAAAUAGUUCAUCGGCUACUUUGACGAGGUCAGAAUAGACAAAACAUUUCGCGCAUCUAGCCAUUGCUCGCAAGCAAAAACGGUCACAGAACAAUCCAAAUUCGAUAAACUGGCUCUGUAAAGGUCCUCUUCGUGAAGGAUGCGUAUGACUCACUCAACGGUAGAUCACCUGCUCUGUCGUACGGCGACCCGACACGAAACUACUCCUAUUCAUUCUCGCGGAGGCUGGUUUCGUCAGAAUAAAACUCGCGAUGUAUUGCCGCUGCGACUAUUGCAGUUGUUCAAAUCGUGUGCAGUUAUAGUAUUUGUAUAAUUUCGUUCAACGACUAAUAACAUUAUAAUGUUGUGGAGUGCCUCGCGUAACACGGUACCAAACCUUUGGGUAGAUUCUUCGUAGUUCUAUGCGCCGAGGAAAGCGUUAUUGCAUCGCGAGAUUUUUGUUUGCAUUAAACACAGCCGUGUAUUCGGGAAUGUAUCCCGGCAUUCAUAUCGGUGAAACAAAGCUUAAGUAGCGAUUACGACCAAAACGACUUCAAUAAAGUCCGCUGCUGUUGUGAUACUGUUACGCUGUAAGUCUGUGUGGCCGAUACGGCGGCGAAUAAAGUAAGAUUUGUAGUAGAUUUAGCUAAAGUGGGCUAGGCUUCCAAAUACACAACGGCAAGUGGAAUCGAGUAAGAAACUCACAUUGGUUGGCCCUUCUGGUAAAUGAUUGUUUAGCGGACAAAUGCUGCAGGACGUCCUGUUACUGAAAUUCGUUCCGCCGUUUAUCAAGAUCGGGGAACAAGGGUUUAGGGGAGGAUCAUAACAAAACAACAAGCAUGUAACAAAGCUAUCAAGAUUUUACAAUUUUCCUUUAUUUUUAUUACUCUUAUAAUGCCCAUAUAGAAUAUACUCAUUUCGCUUGUAUUUUCGACUACUACGAAUGUUGAAUUAGUCUAACAAUACAAUGAGCAGCAACACCAUAUCAAUAUGUCGAUGUGUAGCAAUAUUGCUGAUAUCUUUACGAAUUCUGAAAUCUUAGGGUCAGUGGGUUGCAGUGUGUCUGUGUGGAUGGAUGUGUUACGCCUAGAGCCGACCUUGUUUUGUGCAUCUACUUCUUAACUAUAAUGAUUGCACGUAAACGACAUUAAUGCGACCAGUGGCCCGUCUGAUCACGGUUCGAGUUAAUAAUUGAAUUCUACUAAAGUUAGGUAUAUAGGCAGGUAAAGGCGGUCCGAUAAUCGGUUGCUUUAACUAUUUCAACGUCAGUGAUUGAACCAUCUGAUUCGUCAUUCGCUACUGCUGUGGCCGUGCUGUUGUCGCAAUCGAAGAGUAUAGCUCCUAUCUUCUUUUAGCGAUGACCUGCUGCUAAUGGUCAUUUAAAACAAAAUCAUCUUCCGUUUUGGUAACUGGUGACUUUUUUCGGCGCAUACAUUGCUAAGUGUGUUCGUGACUGACCUGUCGGCGCUACAGCAACGAUAACAACAGGCCAGUGCUAUACUUGUGACACUAUCGUGUUUCUUCAACUACCACUGGUUAAUAAUGAUUUCGGAUAUCAACACCUCGUUUUAUCACGGCAUCAAAUCAAACUGAUCAUUUCAUUUGUUGUUUUGCCCAGUAUAUGAUGUUUUCCUCGUCGUAACGACGACAAAACAGAAGUUGGAAAACAAAUGAUUGAUAGUCGAUUUUAUCGUCAGCUGACGUGUAUUGUUAUUGGAUAGAUUAGGCGAUUGGCUGUGCUGUCGACAAGGUUUGUGUGUUGGUCCGCACGAGCAUGUGUGCCCUGUACCAUAACUGAUCCAGUUAACUCGAAGAAUUCAGGGGUGCAAUGUAAGUGAUUGGCGGAUAGUUGUCACCGCAACGAGUCGCUGCUGCAUUGGAAGAAGUAAACAAAGCCACCGUGAUCGCCGUGACAGCGAUCCCGUAUCUAACCGACUUGUCUGUGAUGUGAAGACUGGUAAGCGCUUGCCUCGUCCUCGGCAGCCGUAAUCGUGACUGUGCAACAACUUAACACGUGCUUGCAACUAUCUAUGUGACGUGACGCUAUGCCCGGAGUAAACGUUUGUAAAUAACAAAGUGAGACAAGAGUCGUAAUCAAGCGAAUUUUGUGGGGUCGAAAAUCCGUCGACCGCGAUAGUGAGACCGUCAAAAACGAAGAAUGCAGUCGGUAGCUAGAGAGGACUCACGAGUCGAAGGAAUCGGUGAUGAGGCUAUCAGUUCAUUCGACCUAAAAACGUGAAGUUAAAAGGAUCAAAGCUGCGGACAUUGCAGAAUGUGACAAGCGAUUGACCCGAAGCACACCGAUACUGCAGCAAACUCUGCUGCGAUCUGUUGUUUUGCUACGUACUUCAUGAUACCCAGUGCAAGUGUAUAACAUCACAAACACAAUUCUAUGUUAUGUAAUGGUUUUCCAGGGAUGGAGAGAUGGGUAACAGAUAUGUUCUUUGUUUGCAGUUGCAAAGUUCAAUCUUUACAGGACAGCAACGCCAAGCUGUUCAAAAAAGUAAUCACCGGUUUCGUAUUUACGACAAUCUUCACCGCCGGUGUCGUGUACCAACUAUGGCGGACUAUGGACAUUACGUGGUUUGUAAAUCUAUGGCGACCAGGCGGUGCUGAUGACCAGAUGCCUCCCUCACAAGCAGCCGUUCCGCCCCGACUGUUUCAACGCGUCCUUGGGCCUGAUGAAAAAUGCUUCAUUUGCUUGGAGGGACUUCGAUUGCCCGUGGAGACAAACUGCGGGCAUGCAUUCUGCGCCAUAUGUUUACUCGACUGGCUCGAGGGGUCCCGUUCGAACGAGGUAAAGACGUCCUGUCCCGUUUGCCGAUCCCACGUUUACGUCUUAUUGAAGUGUUUUGCGCAGCCAUCCGAAGAUGAUGAGCAGCAAAUGCGACAGAUACGAAGAAUCAAUCAGUACAACAGGAGACAUUCGGGAGAGCCACGGCCGUGGAUCGAGCACGUACGCGAUUUGCCCCUACUGCUACGCCAUGUCUUCAACGAGUUUUUUUCCUUGGGCGGCCUUAUGUAUAUGUUUCGAUUGCGAAUUUUUCUUUGCUUUUUGGCCGCGCUCGUGUACCUAAUUUCACCACUAGACAUGAUCCCCGAAGCGGUGUUCGGACUUCUCGGUUUACUCGAUGACCUUUUCGUCCUCGUCCUAUUAGGCGUCUACAUGACGCUAAUAUAUCGGCGGUUUCUUGCCGAACGCUGGACGCACGACUAGCCGAAGAUGAUCCUGUUGAAAGUGAAGGGAAUGACAGGUCUGCUACAGGCGGUGUAUGCCACACUGUCUGCAAUCUUUUGCAUUAAUAAUAAUAAUCUGACAUCGUUCAUGAUAUCCUCCGGCGCCCUCGUAGAUGAACAAGAAAUGGAAAGCUCAGGUAAAAAAGGAUCUUAAUGGCUACUACGCAGCAGAUCGUGUGCGCAGUGGCGAAAUCGCCUGGUUUCUAAUUUCGUUCGAAAGCACUAACGCAAUCAGUGACGCCGAUCUAAUCCAAUGAUUUUCCUGUCUUGUGAUAUCAUUCGUGAUCCCAAACGAGAAAAAACGAGCGUGUGUAGAGCCCCAACGGUAUGACAACUAGUAGUCCCGCUAACGAAAACAAAAGGGACUAAUUGCGAGCUAAGCAAAUUCGCGGACGGGAAGAUGGCAUCAGCAAGAUCGACAAUUACAGCAACAAAGAUUUAGUACAUAUAUUUAUACGAUUAUUAAACAACAAUUGACAGUGAGAUAACCACGUUUUCCUAAGUCAUCUAGCGAGAUUUCAUGUAUGUACAUGUAGCACGGUAUAUAGCAUAAUGAGUACCUAAGUUCAUUUAGUAAUCGAAUGUGAUAAUGGUUUUCUCUAAUAUGUAGUCCAAGUCGAGGCAUGCUCAACAACAACCGGCUCAGCCACCGCUGGCAGAAUGGAAAAGAACUAAGAAUUUCCUUGCAUAUUAGUUUACGUGUGUUUUAUGGGUGAGUAAGCUAUUUACAGCAUGCUAGUAUCUGGGGCAAACGACUUGAGUAGCAAUAAACCUGUGUGUUGAAGAAUCUUCUAGGCUUAUUGUAGUAUACAUUCUAUGACAUUUACCUCGUUGAGCGAUAGUGGCACAUUUCUCUAAAUUUACUCAAUCGCGUGUCGUUAAUACUAAGAGAGCUCUAACAGCAGUACUUAAUGAUUUUUAGUGGUCACCAUAAUGUUACUUUAACUCCACGAUCCUCCCCUUUAUGUCCAAGUAAACGCAUUGGCGCUUCCGGUGGUAAUGGAUUUCGUUUAUGAUUAUUAACUAUUGAAUUUUAAAGGUGUGCUGCGUUAUUUAACGGCAUCAGCGCGAUAAUAGAGGGAAGAGAAACGUUUGAUAGUCCUGAGAGACUGACAAUCCGUAAUAGACGUUGCUAAGAGGACAGAACUCAGAAUAAAAUACCAGAUGACUUUGAACUAUUUCAAGUCAUGAGAUGAAAGGGUAUAGUGCCAUCUUCGGACCCUAAUGAAAAUGAUAGCACAGAAUGGUCCAAAAUGAUCACGGUUUGAAUACUAAUUAUGUUAUACAGCCAUAACGAGAAUACGUCAUUUUAACAUAUGCAUGAGCCAAUAAAAUAAUGAGUGUGGCUUACACUAUCUACUUUGAACGCAUAUACAAUGCACUGUCUUCUCCACUUUUAUGGUCGCAGCGAAUUUCAACGUCAGAACAAAUCGACGGAAAAAAUCCGUAAUCAGUUGAUUUAACAAUAUAAUAUUGUUAAAUUAAAAGUCGCGUCUCAGUUGUCGUAGAUAGUCUAAAGCACGUGUAGUAGUGAUAGAUGAAAAUAAGGGAAAAGCAAUUCUGAGUUUAAAAAAAUCACUUGGGGCGAUUCGAGGGGUCGAACCUGCCUCCUAUGAGUUGUAAGAAUAAGAAUUUGGUCAAUGAUUAAAUGAGUAACUAUGCCUUGUUGUAAGUUGCAAUUAACGCAACCGUAGAAUCCACAUGUAUAAGAGAGACGCUUCCAGCAGUCGUCCGAUGCAAAUGACAAUACGCUCACUGAAAAUAUAUGAUCAUGUUCUUGAUUUUAAUUAACUUGCUAACUAACUAAUUAAAUCUUUCUGAUUUGAUACCGGCAAGCACGGCAAGGCAUUUCUAAGCGUGCUCUAUGCUAUAACAUUCUUUGGCUGGGUGUUAAUUUGCUACCGAGAACAUAAACAUGACCUCCAGCUCCUCUCGAUCAACGUGUACGAUUACCAACUACUAUAAUAACAAACCGAAAUCAGUGGCACAAGGACUGUCGUAUAAAUUUCGAAUUCACAAAUCAUGAUAAUAUCCAACUACGAUCGCGAAUUUUUACUUGAAAGGAGCUUAAAUUGUCUAACAACAAACUUUCUGUUAAUAAAAGCGCCGCUGGAUAUGUGUGUACGUGUUCAACAUAAUACAGAAAUAUUAAACAAUUUCUAAGCAGAUGCAACCUCUGCAGUUCUUUUUAAAAUGACUGGAAGGGCCUCUUCUACAAGCUUUAGAAGACAAAGCACAUUGGGCAAGCAAGAGCGAUAUCACAAGUUAUACACGUUACCCAUUUAAAUCAGACUGCUAGACAAAGACCAGAUUCUUUUUUGUUAGUAAAAAUCAGUAUUGCCAGAUCAAUGUUCUUUAUGGUACAAUAAUUCCAGUGAAUGUGCACUAACCGAAACUUUCGUACGUACUGUAUCUGUAUAAGUGUCAAAAUAGACAUUUUUUGCCGAGUGGACUAAUAAGUGGACGCCUGAUCUAAUUUUUUUGCUUGCUUUAUCUAAUCAUGAUAAUUAUAGCAAUUUAUGAUAUUAAAGUUACUAAAAAAAUACAACAUUUUCACUGAAUAGAAUAGAGAAAUCAUAUAUGCAGGUGAUUAAAUGCCCGUGUCCGUCAAAGAAAGCGAAAAGGUAAAGAAAAAGAGAAUGUUCCAAUGUUACAGGACAUUCUACGAAAGUGGGUGAAGCUGAUAACGACGCGUACACGCCUUGAUGAUAAUCACGAGCGAUACCAUGACUAAGAAGAUGUUGGUAUAUAUAUAAAGUAAUAAAUUAUUUUGGCUGGCAGCAAUGAGUGUGCUGCUAGGGUGUUUAUAAUUGUUUGGUGUCUUUACUAUAUAUGAAAAAUAGUUGUAAAAGACAUUGAAACAGAAAGUGAUUCAGAGACGCAUCUUCUCAGGGAAACCAGCAUAUAUCUACUACUGUUCUAUCGGAAGCUGCCGACAAGCUGAGCUAAAAUUCUCUAUGUGAUUUUACACUAUUGAAACCUAGUUUGCACGGUAAAAAAGACCCAUAUGCACUUCCCCUUCACAUGAUGUUGCCUAACUUGGAAACAGGGGAUACACAGUCUUUGAAACGAAGGGCAUGGAUUUUGAAGCAAUGCCCUACUACACUUUUUUUUCAUUUUUUCCCUUUUUGUCAACAGUUCGAAACAAAGGCACUACCGCAGUUAAACAACGCAAUAACCAAGAAUAUUGCUUCAUAUACGGAUGAAUCAUCUUCUUUUUUAAUGAUUUUCAAUUCAGUGAUGCAAUUUUUCUAAAAAAAAAUCGGUGCCCAACCCCUAGUACUAUCUGGGAGUAUUGAAUCAAUACUCGAACACUGGCUUAGUCAAGCUAACUUACAUAAUUUCAAACAAAUACUUGAAUAGGUAAAAAAACAAGUGUUUGCUUAAUUUAUUUUUUACUUGUAUGUAAGCAUAUUUCGGCAGCUGCAACGGCUGUGAAGCUUUGAUUAUGAAAUGCACUUUUUCAUGUUGUAAAAGUUGUCCUAGUUGAACUAGGCUAUAUUUUGACGCAUACUAUAGGGCAACAUGCCCUUCUCUUCUAAAUGUAGCAACCAUACGUUUAUGAUGACUUAGGUAGGGGCGUGUACUUAUAUUAUGGAAAUGUAGAUGAAGAAUGAAUGAAAAUAUGGAAAUGUAUACAAAUACAACAAGAUCAUAUGGCAUUACAUAUAGCAUAUAUAUAUAUAUAUAUCAUACAACUAUCUACUAUCACGUAUAUAUGAUAUAGCAUUGUUACAAAUUUUGCUAAUAGGUUUAAUCGAUGAUGAUUAUUUUCAGGAAAGAAUUGUUUAAAGCUACUACGUUUGAGCUCCUCAUAAGUUUAGGUGAAAUAUUACUGAUGGAUCAUAAAGAUUUCGAAGUGCGCACAUUUUAAAGAAGAUUAGCAACGGCUUUAAGCAAGCGGUAUGAAACUAGGAAAAAAUGGAUUGCUAGUUCUAACACAUUCUUAUCCUGGAACUGCCAUACUGUUAAGCAUCCUAACUGACAGAAUCAAUUGUUUUCGCUUCGCAGUCCACCACAGAGAUAGAAUAGGUAUUCAAUAAAAAUGGCAGCAGCGGAUUACGGCGAAGAUUAGGGCUACGAUCUAAUUCCAAACUUGUGAAACACAAUUGCCUUUCGCUAUUGUGGAACAUGUGGCUACGUGACGGCAUAACGGUUUAAGAAAUUAAUCACAAAUUACGACACGAUUUCCAGCGUUUGGUCAUCAUGUAUGAUGAUGCUGUACCCUAAUAAAUGGUAAAAGAAAAUGUUUCUGGCUUC